CAAGGCGAAGCGUCACGAAACUGGAUUAUGGUAACAACAUUUCGAAACGACUCAUAUUUCACUGAAGCCGACGAAGAUUAUGUGUUUGGGCCAGAUGACACUAAAGCCGGAAUGAUUAUUAGUUUGGUCGGCUUCAUCGGAGUCUCUGUUCAAUCUGUCGUUGUCACCGGCGCAUAUAAUAUCAAGAACAUGAAGGGUACCGUAUUUGGAGCCCUAAUUUUAAAUGAAACAUUUUCCCAGUUUGCGGCAACUUCCAUCACAUUUUUCUUCUUUUUCGUAGGAAUUUUUUUAAACACAAUAUUAAUUGUCAGUAAUUCUGCAAUUUUCGGAAAUAUAUCCCUGACAAUUUUGCCAAUUAUGCUGGGCACCCACUUUCUGAUGGCUUUCAACAGGUUUUGUGCUUCAAGUAUGCCAUUUGGAUACAGAAAAAUCUUUAGCAAAAAUUACGUACUCACUUACAUCAUCAUAAAUUGGACACUUCCCCCCGUAAUUUAUUCGUAUUUUUUCUUCUUUUAUAAUUGUUCCUUCCCGUUUUUCCAAUUUGGGUGGGUUUUCAUGGAAGCUCAGCGGAAUGAGACAUGUGGAGCAAAACUUCUACUGUUAAGCCUAUCUGUUCAGUUCGUGAUUAUCUUUAUUAUCACAAUUCUGGAUAUUUCCACGUUUAUCAUUCUUAUCACUUGUCGAAAAUCGAUAUUUAAAGGGCAAAGUAAAGAGAAUAAACAACGCGAUAUCAAUUUUGCGAUGCAGGUGAUAAUUCAGGGAAUUGUUAUGGUGUUUUUUGGUGUUUGGUAUGUUUCCGGUUAUUCGUUUUUGCCUGGCAACAGGCUGGAUUGGAAAAUUUUUAUGACAACUACGGUCUCGUCUUCUUUAACUAAUUGCCUAGCACCAAUAGUAAUAUGUUUUUUCAAUGCAGAAUAUCGCCGAUGGAUUAUUCGUUUGAUUCGCCGAGAAGGAGCAUCACAGAAUUUGACAGUUGUGUUGAGUAGGACUUCAUAA